GGGUUAUAUUAAUCUAGUGAUAACAUGAUAUUCUAGUGGCAGAAUAUGAAAUUUUCAAUAAUAUACUUUGACAUGGUUUUAAAGAGAAAAGAAUAUUUUUUUCUUUACAAUUUUAUUUUAAUGAAUUUAAUCAUAAUAUAUAACAUAAAGAAGAAAUUUAAAAAUCUAUUCCGUUAAAGAAUUAUGUACUAUGCUAUAACUAUCAGAAGAUAUAGUUACCAAUCUAAAACAUUUUAAUACAACGGUAGAUGUCUUUUCAAUUUCCACAUGGACAUUGGGCUUUUAUUUACGACUGAUAAUUUGACAGUCGUUUCAAAAUUUAUGAAAACCUCUUGAAAUAUGGAAGAGAAAUCUUGCAAAGAACAAUUAACAGAAAAUACAGAUGUCAAUCAAGAUGAGUUGAUUCUUCAACAACAAAGGCGAAUCGAAAUGGAGAUUUCUGAAUCUAUUGCUUUAGUUGGAGAAAAAGAAUCUAUAAAAAGUUUGGAACGUGAAUAUUCUGAAGAUGAAGUAUAUUUAUCAAAAGCUAAAGCAUUAGGUCAAAAAUAUUCAUAUAUUAGGAGAACUAGACCUGAUGGAAAUUGCUUUUUUAGAGCUUUUAGUUAUGCAUAUCUUGAAAAGUUAAGGAAUAAAGAUGAAUAUGAAAAAUUUCGAGAACUUGCAUUAAAAAGUAAAGAUAAUUUGGUAGCAUUAGGUUUUCCUCAAUUUACAGUUGAAGAUUUUCAUGAUACGUUUAUGGAUGUAAUUGAUAAAGUAGGAGAAGAUGCAGAAUCAAGUUAUAUUGAAUUACAUAAACUUUUCAAUGAACAAGGUUGUUCUGAUUAUGUUGUUGUAUAUCUUAGAUUAAUUACUUCUGGUCAAUUACGACGAGAAGCUGAUUUUUAUCAGCAUUUUAUUGAAGGGGAACGUACUGUUUCAGAAUUUUGUCGUCAAGAAGUAGAACCAAUGUACAAAGAAUCUGAUCACAUUCACAUCAUAGCUAUGAGUACUGCUUUAGGAACUGGAGUACGUGUUCGUUAUAUGGAUCGAGGUGCAGGAACUGAAGUAACAGCACAUGAUUUCCCUGAAGGUGCUACUCCUGCUGUUCAUUUAUUAUAUCGUCCUGGUCAUUAUGAUAUUCUAUAUCCUUGAUAAAUGAUACAUUAAAUUUACAUACAAUUUUUUAAAAAAAUCUCAUGACAAAGAUCAAUUAUUUAGCAAAUUAUAUCUUAUGUAUGUAAUUAAAUUUCAUAAAAUUUUUGGAAGUUUGGUUAAAUAUACGUUAUAAUUGUAAGUAAUUAAUUUAAGUAUUAUAGAAUAUUCAAUAAAAUUAUGAAAUUUUAUGUAAAAAUAAUUGUUAUUUUUAAAUAAUAAAUUCUAAUUGAUCUUUAUAAUUUA